AUGGCAAGCAAGUAACAAACUUUCGACAUUAAUCAAUGGAUUGAGCAGCUCAAGAAAUGCGAAUACAUCAAAGAAUCAGAGGUCAAAGCAUUAUGCAACAGAGCUAAAGAAAUAUUGAUUUAAGAAUCAAAUGUCCAAAAUAUUGAAUCUCCAGUUACUAUCUGUGGAGAUAUCCAUGGUUAAUUCCAUGAUCUGAUUGAGCUAUUCCAAGUUGGAGGAGAGUGUCCAGAUACAAAUUAUCUAUUCAUGGGUGACUUUGUAGAUCGUGGAAAUUCAUCUGUUGAAACCUUCUUAUUAUUGCUAGCAUUAAAAGUCAGAUAUCCAGAGAGAAUCACUUUAAUUAGAGGCAAUCAUGAAAGUCGUCAAAUCACAUAAGUUUACGGUUUCUACGACGAGUGCCUCCGCAAGUAUGGUUCAGUAAAUGUUUGGCGUUAUUGCACAGAGAUCUUUGAUUACCUAGCUCUUGCUGCUAUUAUUGAUAACAAGAUCUUUUGUGUUCAUGGUGGUUUAUCACCAUCAAUCUAGACCCUAGAUGAGAUUAGAGCAAUCGAUAGAAAGUAAGAGGUGCCUCAUGAUGGAGCUAUGUGCGAUCUUAUGUGGAGUGACCCUGAUGAAAUUACUGGUUGGUCUGUAAGCCCAAGAGGUGCAGGAUAUCUAUUCGGAGGAGACAUAGUAGAUAAGUUUAAUCAUUAAAAUAGUAUCGAAUUAAUUUGCAGAGCCCAUCAAUUAGUUAUGGAGGGCUACAAGUCAAUGUUUAAUGACACCUUGGUGACAGUGUGGUCAGCUCCUAACUACUGUUACAGAUGCGGUAAUGUAGCAGCCAUCUUGGAACUUGAUGAAAACUUAACUAAAUUCUAUAAAAUAUUUGAGGCUGCUCCAUAGGAGGCAAGAGGCCCUACUGGUAGAAAACCAGCACCAGACUACUUCUUGUGA